AAGAAUGCAACAAAUAUAGAAACUCAUAAGAGUGGUAUUAAACAAGAAAGUUUAGGUGCAAAAGGCAAUAUGAAGAACUUAGCAACAACAGGAAGUGGGGUAGCGGUUGAUGAACACGAUGAGGAAGAGAUUACCAAAAAGGCGUUCGCAGCAUUUCAGGCCCGAGAAGAAGAGAUCGAGAAGAAGAAGAUGAUGGUCAAGGAGAAAGUUGAGUUGAAACUAGGCCGAGCAGAAGAAGAAACCCGACGUUUGGCCCAAGUUUGGGAAGAGCUUGAAGUUUUGACAGACCCACUAAGGAAAGAGAUAGCAGCGGUUAGAAAAAAGAUAGAUGUGGCUAACCGUGAGGCGAGAUCGCUGGGACAAAGCUGUCAGAAGAAGGAGAAAGAGUAUAAAGAAAUAUUGGAGGCGUUCCAACAAAAGAACAACGAGAAGACUCAACUAACCGCAACUUUGAUGGAGUUGGUGAAAGAAAGUGAGGAUGCAAGGAUGAAGAAAUUAGAAGAACUCAGCAAGAAUAUAGAUCCUUCAAGCUGAUUCGUGAUUAUACAAUAAUUACACGUGAUAUGGAUUGACUUACCUCAUUUAUAUUGUUUAAUAAGUGAAAUAUGUGAAGCCUUUUGUGUUGACGUAUUUCUUGUUCUUCUCAUAAAUGAUUCAUUUACAAUUUCAAAUUGAAAUUUCUUUCAUACAUUAAUUGCAUACCUUGUGUAAUCCGUUUUUGUAUGCAAGAUUCUUUUAUAAAUGCCGUUAAUCCAAUGGAA